AUGCUGCCCCAAGAAAUACUUUCUCUGCUUAUGCUGUUCUGUGUUUUCAGGGCUUCUCUUUCUCUUCUGGACGAAGGUGAUGACUACGACCUCAUGUACGUGAAUCUGGAUAACGAGAUUGAGGGUCCAGUUCCUGGUACUGAUGAGACUGCUUCGUGCGACUGCCAGCGAGAGCACACUGAGUGGGACAAACUCUUCAUCAUGCUGGAGAACUCGCAGAUGAAAGAGAACAUGAUGCUGCAGGCGAUGGAAGAGGUGCUGAAGGUGGACCUGCAGACUCUGAAGGCAGAGCUGAGCCAGCUCACCACGAACCUCGCACGCACCUUCGCCGCUGCGCUCGAGAAAGUCACCUCCCACCUCCUGUCACAGGCAGAGCAGGUGCUGGUGAGGAACACUGACCAGUGUGAAGAAGCCAAGAGGCUUCAGGAGUCUGAACAAGGACAAAUUCUUCAGCACAUUCUGCUGCUUAGCCACAACGUGUCCAGCAGGCUCAGCCAGCUGGAGAGCGCUUGGCUGAGGAGGUCUGAGGUGGAGGCUCAGGAGACAGCUUCUCAGCAGGAUAAAUUCAGUCCCAUCAGAGGAGACAACCCCAUUUUGAACUCUCUGUGGAAAGAGCUACAGCAAACACGAGCUGAGCUGAAGGCAUCGCAGAAAUGGGCAGCUCAGCACCUACUGCCAGCGGGGUGUGAAACAGCAAUUCUGUUCCCCAUGCGUUCAAAGAAGAUAUUUGGGAGCGUCCACCCAACUGCUGGAAUGAGCCUUCGCUCCUUUACUGCUUGUGUCUGGAUCAAGGUGACCGAGGCUUUGGACAAAACCAUCGUCUUCUCCUAUGGAACCAAGUUUAAUCCAUAUGAAAUCCAGCUCUAUCUCAGCCAGGACUCUGCAGUGCUUGUUGUUGGUGGCGACCAGCACAAGUUAGCUGUCAGAAACGUCGUUGUUCCUGGGAAGUGGCUCCAUCUGUGUGGCUCCUGGAGCUCAGAGAACGGCUCUGCAUGGCUGUGGGUGAGGGGAGAGCUGGCAGGCAGUGCCUCGGCCAUUGCUGAUGCUCACACCAUCCCGGGCGGGGGCAUUUUGCAGCUCGGGCAAGAAAAGAACGGCUGCUGCAUUGGUGGUGGAUUUGAUGAAGCUUUAGCCUUCUCCGGCAAAUUGACUGGGUUUAACCUGUGGGACAGAGUGCUCAGCACCAAAGAGAUAGCGGCGCAGAGCGGAGAGGAUGCGUGCAGCAGCAGGGGCAACGUCGUCGGCUGGGGAGUCACCGAGGUUCUGACCUACGGAGGAGCCCAGUACAUCUCCUAA